GCGUUUUAUGAAACCCUCACAACCCCUCCCUUCAGCUGCAACAUCGUCGUUUCGUUUUACGUUACUGCUGUCUUUCCGUAAACACCGAUCGAGGUGAAAAGAGUCGAAGGUUUGAAGUCAGAUACACGGAUAGCAGGUCUGGUGUCGUCUCACACAUAAAUCUACUCAUUCAUCGGUCUGAAGUGAAUUUUGUGGGUUUAUUCGAUCGAUGGUGGUUUGACUGGUCAUGUUUCUUUCACUUAUUAGUGGGGGCAGAGAGACCAUGCGGGAGUCACAUGCAUGCAGAAGAUGAGCAGUAAACAGAUGACAGGAGCACAGCCCUGAACGCAUCACGCUAUGAACAACACCACGCAGCCCCCUCACAAUAUCAACAGGGAUGCGGCUGUCAGCUACGUGCUGGUCCCCUUCUUCCUCAUCACUUUGGUCGGGAUAGUUGCAGCAGUGGUGAUGUACUUAAGGAGAAAACGAAGGAUUGAUAGACUGCGGCAUCAGUUGCUGCCGGUUUACACCUACGACCCAACUGAAGAGCUGAAUGAGGCAGAGCAGGAAAUCCUUUGGAAGGAGGAAGACACAAAGGUGGUACAGGGUUGGAUGAGGUCUUAUCAACAACGACGACCGUUGCUCUCAAAGAACCAAAAUGCAUGACAAUGCAGUUUGAAGGGAUGAGAAAAGCAUUUGGUCAUCUCUGAAAGCACAGAAUUCUGAUGUCGGGCUCACAUUUGUGCAUCUCGGCUCAUAUUGGUUGAAUAUGGUAUGACACCUUCUCAGAAGAACAUCAACUUUAAAGAACAAUCCAUUGACUAAGACUUGAAAGACUUUUCCACUAAUACAAUUCCAUUUACAUUCUGUAUUUAUGCUAGUUUAAUGUAUUCUGCUGAUGUUCUGUGCAAGAUCAAGCCAUCUCGUCAUAGCUGGACGAUCCACUAAACAGCCAACACUUUGGAAACUACAUUCUGAUUGACCAGUUCACAUGUUUCUGUUGUGGAAUUGGUGCACGUUGGCCAUCUCAUUCUCUUAACACUGGACACAGUUAUGCUCUGGAAAUGUGAGGACACCAGGAAACUGUCUGCAUUUAUCUGAAGCUUUUAACCAAAAUUGGAGGGUUUGGAAAAUAGAGCAUUAUUUAUUUCCUAAUAGGAGGAGUUACUGUAAAAAAGUGAGUCAAUGGUUAAGGAUAACCCAGAUUGAGUGAUUUGAGUUCUUGUACCAACCCUUUAAAAUAUUAGACAUGUAUUUUACCUUCAGAAACCAUUUGGACAAUCGUUUGGAUAAUUGGGAACUGCAUAUUUUCUGUGAAUGGUGGUGGGUGGUCUUUUCAAUGGUUUAUGUGUUAAGAUCCUAGAGUUGAGCACUACUGAUCGUUGAUCUUGCCCAUGAAAAAAAAUAUAUAUAUCGUAAAAUGAUUGCUUUAACUACUGACUGGAUUUUAGAAGUUCCUUAAUAGCACAUUCACUAUUGGUUUUUAUUAUUUCAAGUCUAGGUGAAUAGUGAAAAGAAAUAUUUCAGCUGUGCGGAGCAAGGUAUUUUAUGAUGAAAGUUACUAAAGAAUUCUCAUUUAAUUGUACCUUAUUUUUUGUGCAAUGUCCUGUUCUCAAAAAGCGAGAAGGAAAUGGGUUAGGUGUUUAAAAAGUAUUUACUGAAAGUAGAGUUUGUUUUUAUAAACCGUUUAUAAAACAUACAUGUGCACAGAUUUGAUCUUGGAGUGCUAAAAUCCAGUGCCAGGUUGUACGGAAACCUUUAAAAAAAGAAAAGGGUUCACUUACAGAAACAUUAAGACUCGAGAAGUUUUCACCCUUAACUUCUAAAGUGUUCCUUAAAGAGUACAUAACUAGGGAUUUUUAAGGUCCUCCUUUGGUUUCUGGAGUGUCCAACAACAAGUUUUUGGACAUUGAAGGUGUUAAAACACAAUUAUUUCGUAAUAAUAGCCAGUUAUUCUAAUCUUACUCUUGACUGACUCAAAUGAUUCGUUCCGCGAUCCUUUCCACUAGUCUAGUCUGAUGUGAUUGGUCAGAUGGUUUGGUCUGAUGCGGUUGGUCUACCCUGAAUAAGUGUCACGUGCUACAGUGUUUGGGGUUGAAGAGUGUAGUUUUGGUGGGCUGUCCUGGCAAAAUGUAGGCGGGACUAUAUGAAGUGACUUAAUACGCGGCGGUUGGCGAAUCGGACUAGUGACGACUCGUUUGAGUGAUUCAGAGUCGACAUCCAUUUUUCCAAGCCAUGACUUUGUUAUUCAUUCACCUUCGGAUUUACAAACUUCGUAGACUGCUUACUUUCAAACACGCCAACAUUACACACUGCAUGACAUGUCAUUUACAUGAUCUCAUGUUAUAGACUCUUUAAGUGUUGUAUGUUGCAAGUCCUUAAGUUAAUUUCCUACCUUCCAAAAUGAAGGGACCGAAACAGCUCCCUUUUAAUCUUAAACGCGAUGAAUGAUAUCAUGUUCAAUAAAGUGGAGGAAAGGAAUGAUGUUAACUUUCAAAGAUAAAUGAGACUAAUAAUACACAAUAAAAUAUCAGUUUGAUCCAUUAAAGUGGAUUUAGAGGGUGUUUUUUCUUUUUGCGUAUUUAUCUGAAAUAAUAGCUUUACCGUCUUUAGUGUUGUCUUUUUUUCCCUGUACUUUUAAUAUUGUCCGCAGCUGAAAUGUUUGGCUCUAAUGUUAAAUUUGUGAUCAAUUAAAAACAAUGGUAUGUAUGUUUUAUAGCAUAACUUUGGCAACUGCUUCUUUGUUGCUGUGUUUUGAUAUCGUCGUGGAAUGCAGAGUAUAAACACUUAUGUAGAUAAGGGUGAUGGUUAAGACCUUUGUUACAGCCCUCCUAAAGAAAACCCUAAUCUUUGGGAUGUUUUCCGCCUCAUGAAGACCCUCACUUAAGGGCUUUCUUGCAGCCGGGCACUGGCCUCAAACACCCCAAAAUCAGAUUCACAGCAGAUUUAAAACCGUCUUUGAUGUGGAGGUUUUAAGAAGGCUUGUGAUGGAGUUUUGCAAGUAGGCCUGUUUGUGAAAGUAAAGCUAAAAUUACAUCAACAACAUUCAAAUUAACAGCAAGAAUUGCUUCUGUAAGGUCAUUGCUGAUAUCUUUCCUCCUGGGCACUCAACACUUCAAGCUUCUGUUUUUAUACUCAAAUCACUGAUGAUCAAUGAAUCAAGGGCAUGUGAUUACCAGUCCGGGUGUAUUUAGUUACUUUUCAUAGAUGGCUUCUUUAUUUUUACUAUGUUUUUGUUAAAUUAUUGCAGGUCUGCUGAUGCUCUUUUUUAUUGCGCUUUUUUGAAUGUUCCUAUCAGCAUCUUUACUAAAUGUUCAAGGCUGGUAGUGUGAUCAGGAAAACACAUCAUGGAUUCAUUUAUUGGAUGGAUGAGACGAUCAUUUGAACAAUUUUUUCUUAGCCUACUUUAAACAACUGGAGUUAACUACAAUGUAAAAUACAGUUUAAGAAUAUAAAACAAAUAGGAAACCGAACUCAGGAUCUGCAACUCUGUUGUUUUAUCGUGAAAUUGGGCUACUUUUAAACUGAUUCUGCAGGUUCAAGGUAUGACAUGUAUACAUUAUUGUUGACCUAAAUGCAUUUUUUGAUCUAAUUGAUUCAACCAGAUGUAUAUUCUAACAACAAUAAAACUGUGGCGCUUUAUGAUU